AGGGCGAAAUAGUUGAAGAGUACAUAGAGCCCAUUGAGGUGGAAGCKACAGAGUUCGUUAACAGACAAUUCAUUCUAGACACCACAUACAGCGACAAGGAGCAAGGAGAUGAGUGGACCACUGAAACAGAGGCGGUGAGUACCAUCCUGCAACAGCCUGUACAGUCGGCCCCUCCCCCUAUCACCACAGAGGCCCACCCCCUGAACGGGGCCACGCCCCCAGGCACACCCCCUGCAGACCCGGUGGUCAGGAAGCAGGAGGUCCAGAACCUCUUGUCACAGAUGCAGGGGCCUUACAACUUCAUGCAGGUGUCCCUGCCGUCAGAGCAGCCCCCUGGCUCCUCUCAGACCCAGCCUGUCAACGGCCCCAAACCCCCACACAGCUCUGGCAUCAAUGUCAACGCACCACCAUUCCAGUCCAUGCAGACAGUAUUCAACCUCAACGCCCCUGUCCCGCCAGCCAAUGAGACGGAAGCCUUGACCCAGGCCAGCCAAUACCCAAACAGCUACAGCCAACAGGGCUUCAGCAGCCAAUCACAGCAGCUCCCUGUGGAGCAGACGGAGAUGCAGACGGAGCAGCUGCAGUCUGUGGUUGGUGCCUUCCACUCCCAGGACCUAUCCCUGCCCAGCCAGGACUUGUCCCUGCCCAGCCAGGACUUAUCCCAGGGGCAGCAGCUCAGCCAGCAGGGUCCAGGGUUUGGCCCUGGGGUCAGUCGCCAGGCCCAGUCCUUCUACAACAGCAGAGGCAUGACCCGCGGAGGACCACGUAAUGCCCGUGGCCUGGCCAACGGAUACAGAGGUUAUGACAGUUACCGGCCUCCCUUCACCAACACUCCUAACUCUGGAUACCAACAGGCCCAGUUCAACACACCUCGGGACUACUCCAACGGUGGCAACUACCAACGGGGGGAAGGAUAUAAUCAGAACUACAAACGUGGAGCGGGUCAGGGACCCAGAGGUGUGUCUCGAGGAGGCAAUGCCCAGGCCAUGAAGUCCUGAUUGGGCCUGUUUGACUGACUCUGACUGCUGGUUCCAAUUAACUCCUUGUCCUUGGCCCUGGCCCUAACAUUUCAAUGUUUUCAGAUCUAAGGCGACCACUCACACACACACCACACACACACACACACACACACACACACACACACACACACACACACACACACACACACACACACACACACACACACACACACACACACACACCGUACUGAAUGUUGAUCUGCUGUUUGUUCAGCGACCACCUGGACGUGACAUUUUGGUGCGAUUCUACGUGUAAAAUCUGUGUCAGUCGGCACUCUGUUCAGAGGUGUUAAGACCUCUCAGCUGGAAAAAGCUACUGGUCUGAGCCUUAAAACGUCAACCAGGUGUAGUGUAGACUGAGGUCUCUUUUCUUUGUCCUGAGUGGGACUAGGAUGCAACAAUCACAUGUGCAGUUUCCACCAUGUUGCGUUUUACAGAUCUGUAAAAACAUUUAAGGGUCCAAGGUGGUGUGU